AUGACCCUUUUUUGCUUUGUAUUACUUUAUUGUCGAACAAGAGUUAUGAAAAUUACAUUAGACGCUAUUGAUUUUAAUGAUUCAAAUCGAGACAGAUUUGCUGUUAAUAGACUUAUUCAAAUGUAUGAGGCGCUUGUUGAUACUUUAAAAUAUAUUGGAUACCCAUUCAAAGUUGCGAAUGAAAGCAAUAUAAAUGUGAAUUGGAUGUUGAUAUCUGGACAACCAACAUUGUUUUUUAUGACUCUGGCACUGGUCAUGGACUUAACCGUUGACCAUAUGACCGAUAUCCAGGUUAUUUGUGCUCAGAAAAUUAUGAUGUGUAAUAAUGAACGUGAUCGUUUUGGAAUGGAAAGGUUACUGAAGUUACUUGAACACCGUCCACUACGUUACACCAUUUUACGAUUAAAUCUUAUCAAUCUUCGUUGUGUGCUGAGUGGCCUGUCUUUCUUCACCAUUAAUAUUAUUGCUGUACUGCAAAUCAAGAACUUCUAUGCUUAG